UGUUUGUUUUGGACUGUAUUUAUACUGAAACAUUGUGCAUAUCUUUAUAUUGUAUACUUGUAUUACACAAGUGAAUUAAAGUUUUGCAUCUAACUUUUUGUCUGUUAGUAGAAUUUAGAAAUAUGACAUCGAAAAAGGUGUGCAUUAUUGGCGCCGGGCCGUCGGGAAUGUCGGCGUUAUUCCAGUUUGCAAAGCUCGAUAAAAUGCCCGAUGUUGUCUGUUAAGAGAAGCAAAGCACGUGGGGUGGACAGUGGAAUUUUACGUGGAGAACAGCUCUCGACGAGUAUGGAGAACCUAGUCAUAGCAGUAUGUACAAAGACCUCUGGACAAAUGCACCAAAAGAAAUAUCUGUAGAAUAUCCCGACUACACGUUUGAGCAACAUUUUGGUCAACCGAUCUCCUCCUACCCUCCGGUCUCAGUUGUUAGGAAUUACUUGGAAGGUCGCUGGCAAAACGCAGCUACGCAUGAUCUUAAAAGAUAUAUACGAUUCAACACUGUUGUCAGACAUGUUCGUUUCCAAGACGACAAAGAUAAUUUUCUUGUCAUAACUGAAAAUCUUAAAAUUCGAGAGACGAAAGAAGAAGAGUUUACACACGUGAUUGUCUGUAACGGUAUCUUCAAUGUUCCCAACAUGCCUUAUUUCAUCGGAUUUGAAGAUUUCAGUGGCCGCAUAAUGCAUUCGCAUGAUUUCAAAGAGGCUAAUGAAUUUAGAGGACAGAGGGUUUUGAUUAUAGGAUCAAGCUUUUCUGCUGAAGAUGUGGCAAUCCACUGUCUGAAAUUUGGAGCAACGCAUAUUAUCAUAUCUUACAGAAGUAAAGCUACUGGUCUUAAAUGGUUGCCAGGUAUUGAAGAACGUCCAUUGGUGAAGAACUUCAAAAAGAAAAAGGCGUUUUUCAAAGAUGACACACAAGCAGAAGUUGAUGUAGUAAUUUGUUGUACUGGGUACAAGAAUUGUUUUCCGUUCUUAGAAAGCCGGUUGAGAAUAGACGAGGAGACAUCUUUCUAUCCUGAAGGACUUUACAAAUCGUCGCUAUUCCUGAAGGCUGGAAACAGGAAAUUGUUUUAUAUAGGUGCUCAACACCAGUUGUACACACUCUCGCUUUUCGAGAAUAUAGCCAUUUGGGUAUGCAGAUACAUAAUGGAAACGCUUCCUGAUGAGCCGGUAUCACAAACAGACAUGGAGAAAGACUCUAAAGAGAUGCAUGCCAGGGCGUCCAUGCUGAUUACAAAUAACGAUGUCUUAGAAUUCCAGACAGAUGUUAUGAAAGAUCUUGUUUCACGCACAGGACGAACAGUGGACUUUGAGAAGAUCAUUGAAUACAUUAAAUUAUGGUUUGAUCACCGAGAGGAAGGAAUUGAAAAUUACCGAAAUCAUUGCUUUCGGUCUAUGUAUACCGGAACUUUUUCACCUAAACAAGUUCCUUUCAUGGAAGCAUUUGAUGACAGUUUAGAAACCUUUCUAAAAAACAAAUAAUUACACUCUAAAAAUGAUUGUAUUCGCCAUACAAAGAGAUGUUUUGAAGGGAAGUUUUUAUAUGUACUUGCAUUUUUAUAUUAUAUAUGUAUAUUCAAGAGCCAUAUAGAAAAUUCUGGAAACAAAGUGAUCCCUCGGAAGCAUUAAUCACAACAAAAUAACAUAAGAAUUGCAGAUUCGGUUUGAGUUGCUAGCACAUUUACAGAGAGCAGUUUCCGGGAUUUACCAACAAAGGGUCUUUCCAUGGUAUAUAAGAACAAUUUAUCGACUGAGAAGAAUUCUAGGCAUCAACUUUGUAUUGCAUACAGUGGCAUAUACUUUGAAAUCAUUUGAGCGUUUUUUAUGUCAACACAAAUUACCAAAAGAAUGCGUCAUUUGCGCAUUGCUAUGCGUGCUUAGGUAUGCAUGUGCUGGUCAAGAUGUAUUUAGUUGUAAUGACUUUUCUUUUAAUGUAAAGAGUAUAUAUUACGCAUUAAUAGAGUGUUUGUAAUAUCAUUAUGAAAAUUUAAUAAAUAUUAUUGAAACUAUAGCUAAUUCCGGGAAUUUCUGUACUAUCUGUUAUACAUAAUGCGUUUUAAAGUUUUUAAAACAUCGUGUUUUAUACAAAAAAGAGUAUUUGUAUGAAUAAUUGUGACGAUGAACUAUUGAAAAUAUACCUAUAAGAAUUCAUAAGUGAAGGAAUACCCAAACAUCAAAAUUAUUGUAAUUCUACUUCAACAACUAAAUAGUUUGUUUUAAUUAAUAAAGUCAU